AUGACAGAACUUUCAAGAAAAUUUCAGGUAUUUUUGUACCGUUUGAGAAAGGGGCUCAAGUGGUUUUUGAGGAUAUUUAUUGCACCAAGUUCGAUAAUUAGGAUAUCCAAAUUUCCAUUCGAUCAUCAACAUUGCAAAGUGAAAUUCUCAUCUUGGGUAUAUACCGAAGAUGAGCUGACAAUCAAAGCUCUAACGGAUACUUUUGACCUAUCAAGCGGAAUGUAUCAAGGGAACAGCGAAUGGGAAGUGACGUCUAUUACUGUCGAAGCCGUCACGACAACUGAUCAAGAUAACAAGAACUUCAGGGAACUGCACUACUCCAUCGAGCUAAAGCGCCAUUCUGCCUAUUAUGUCUAUGUUUUAUUUCUGCCAACAUUUAUAACAGCAGCACUUUGUCUGAUUGGCUUGUUUACGCCAUUUAAUAAUGCUGGAGACCGUUGUGAAAGAACUACGCUAGGACUGACUACUCUUCUAUCACUUGCC